ACAUAACAUUCCCACCACACAUCCAAACAUACUCAUUUAUUCACACAUAUCUGAUCUACACUAUAAUAUAUGCCAUUUCUGACCAUUGCUAGCCACAUUAAAAAAACAAUGGAUAAAAGAUGGAGUCUUCAAGGCACGACUGCUCUUGUAACUGGUGGAGGCAGCGGAAUCGGGUAUGCCAUAGUAGAGGAGUUGGCUGGUUUUGGAGCUAAAAUCCAUGUUUGCGACAUAUCUGAAACACUGCUUAAUAAAAGUUUAAGCGAAUGGGAAAAGAAAGGGUUUAAAGUGAGUGGAUCAGUCUGUGAUGUAACUUCUCGACCCGAGAGAGAAACUUUGAUGCAAACUGUCUCCUCCCUGUUCAAUGGCAAGCUCGAUAUUUUCGUGAACAAUGUGGGUGGAGGUCGUCCAAAGCCAACGACAGAAUAUGAUGCAGACGAUUUUGAUUUCCAUAUUGCAACAAACUUGGAACCUGCUUUCCAUUUUUGCCAGCUUUCACAUCCUCUCCUAAAGGCUUCAGGCUAUGGAAGCAUCGUCUUCAUUUCAUCUGUUGCUGGGGUUGUAUUUUUUGAAUGUGGAUCCAUUUAUAGCCUAACUAAAGGAGCUCUGAAUCAGCUAGCAAGAAAUUUGGCAUGUGAAUGGGCAAAAGAUAGCAUAAGGGCCAACGCUGUUGCUCCUAAUGCUAUCAAGACUCCUCUGUCUCAACCAUAUCUUGAUGACAUCAGUUUCAAGGAGGAAUUGUUUGGUAGAACUCCACUUGGUCGUGCUGGAGAGCCAAAUGAAGUUGCAUCACUGGUGGUCUUCUUGUGUCUACCUGCGGCGUCUUAUAUAACUGGUCAAACAAUUUGCGUUGAUGGAGGCCUCACGGUUAACGGUUUUUCCUAUCAACCACAUGCUUGAGAAUGCCCUUCUCGUGUUUUAUUUCAUGCAACUGUCCUUGAACUCUUAAAGUCUGCUCUCUAAUAAAAAUUGUCACACUGUGAGUUUAUGUACAAAAAAUAUAAGCGUAUCUACAUUGUCAUUGUUGUAAUUGAAGAUUCAGUUACAGCACCAUCAGCUUGCAGCAAUCUCUCUCGGAGAGACUCUCAUGCAUCACAAAGUUUCUUCUCUAUCCGCUGUUUUGUACUAACAAAGAAAAAGACAGAUAGAGUCUUAACUGAGGAAAACAUGGGUAACACUUAUAGAUGUUCCCAAUUUAAUCUCAAAACUUCGAACUCAUACUAUUCAUUCUAAAAUGACGAACACACAUCAUUCAAAAUAGAGGAGAUAGUACUUUGAAAUAUUAAGUUUCUUGGAAGAGUAAUAAGGUUGUCAAGCGACCAAGAAUAUUUCUCAAAACCAUAAGCUAUUGCUCACCUUAUUUUAGGUUGCUCUUAUCAUAUUUAUUAUUUUUCAUUGGGAUCCUUUCUUUAAUCCCUAACUAGUAUAUCUCGUUUUUGUGAAAGACAAUUCUUCAUAUGAGAUACUCAAUAUAGUUCAUGAGAUUUAAGUUGUUCUACUAAUUUAAUAAUUGUUAAUGUAAAUGAUUACCAUCUGAUAACUUUCUAUGUGGUGGAAAGCUGCUGAUGAGAAACUUUUUCAUGUUAUAACCUGAUUCCGUGAGCUUUCAUUGGUUUGUUCUCUGUGUCAUGAUUUCUGGAUUCUGACUUCAUUGUGUCUUAUCCGCAUUAUACACAAAAGUGGUUGAGAAAGAUGGAAGUUGCAUAUAGACAUGAGUUUGGUGCGUACUUUAAAACAAAGGUUAUACAUGUAGUACCUUUGUCCCUUACCCAAUAUAGAAACAUUUCUAGUAUGCUUUCGACAAAGCAAAUGGUAAGUGGGCAGCUUGAUUUAAAGUGGUGCAAAGUAGUUGAGGUAUUUUUUUUGUGAACCAAAGUAGUUGAGGGUUUCUAGGAUGAUCCCUUAAGAUUAGUAGAUAUUACUUUUGUCCAAUGAAAACUAUAAUUAAAUAUGAGGAAAUCUGAGCUCAAAUUAUUCCCAUAAGAAAGCGUUUCAAGUGAGCGGGUCAGUCUGCGAUGUAAUAACUUCACGUUCCGAGAGAGAAACACUCGAGGAAAUUGUUCAGCUAUUGAGUAUGGGAGGAAGCUUGGCCUUCAGCUAUUGAGUAUGGGCCUUCAGCUAUUGAGUAUGGGAGGAAGCUUGGCUUGAAUGGUGAUGAUGAUGUUACCAAGAAGCUUUCCUGUGUGUGAUGGCCGGCACUCGGAGCUUUUAUUCCUUUAGAUAGGAAUCUCAUUUACCAGAUGAGAUUGAAGCUUGAUUUGUCUUUGAUGGAGCAUUAUGAACGCCACUGUCCUCCUCCUGAAAGAAGGUUUAACUGCUUGAUUCCUCCUCCUCCUGGUUAUAAGGUGAGUUUCAUUUCUUCUACCUCUGUUGGUCUUGACAAGACGAGGAGGAUCUCAGAAUAUGGAGGGAAAUGAGUGCUCUUGUGGAGCGUAUGUGUUGGACGAUAGCUGCUAAAAGGAACCAAACUGUGAUUUGGCAGAAACCAAUGACAAACGAUUGCAGCGCAGAGGAUUUGUUGUUGGAGAUGGAUCGUAUACUAAGGCCAAGCGGGUUCAUAUACUCAUAAGGGAUAAACAAUCUGUAGUUGAUCUUGUGAAGAAGUCAUGGCUUUGCAUUGGGAAGCAGUUGAUUAGCUCACUAUAAAUCUGCCACUCAAAAACUACUUUGCAAAGGAACAAAAUAAAUUAGUCUACCGUCCUAAAAUUCACCGGGUAACAUGCAGCCGUCCAAAUAUCUAUGGUCAAUUCCUAAAAAGGAAUUCUAAAGCACAUGGGAUGAUGAUAAAACUUCAUUCUCUUUGUAUGUUGAUAUAUCCCAAAAGAUUGAGAAUCGUCGAGAGACUAUAGUCAGUCAGGGGCAUCAAUAUAACAAUAUGAUGACAUUUACACACAGAGAACAACAUUCAGUCAAUAUCUUUUAUGACCAAGAUAAAUCCAAGUUUAUGGAUUGGAUGGAGAAUAACAAACUACAUUCUGAAGGUGUAAAUCUAAAGUCUUCAUAUUGCUGUACCGUUCGUAACUUUGUUUGGGAUCCAAAAGCUAAAACAUGGAAACCGAAUUUUAAGAUUUGAAGAUUACUAUCAGAUUUUUAUGUCUUUGUCGUAAUUUUCUUUUUAUGUUUAAUUUUUCGAUAAGAUUUUGUUUAAUUUUUCUUUUUUGACAACAAUAUCUAAACCAUUUUUUUUGUUUAA